CAUGUUAAUUUUUUUUUCGAUUAUCCUAUAUAUCAGAAUAAACACAUGAUUGCAUGCAAAUUUUGUUUUUGAUUAUGUCAUCUUUUGUUUAUUUUAGUUUUGAUGCUAAUUAAUAUUUUUUUUAUUAACAACUUCCAUACAUUCUACCUGAUUCUAGGUCAGAUAAUGACACAGCGCAACAAAAUUAUACAAAACUUUCGGAAAGUAGAUUACCGCGGAAGUAACAUUUUUGGGUAGACAUACGAAGUAGUUUGAAUCUUCAAAAAUCAUGCCAUACAUAACCACGGAUCAUAGUCGACACCUCAACGUGAAGCAAAUUUGACAAUCUACAUACAUAACCAACAAAAAGUAGAAUACCGUGAAAACCUAAACCCAAAAUAUGAUGUAAAACUCAAGCUUGGUCCAGAGCAUAAAAAAAUUAAAGCCAUCGCUUUGGUAUCACAUAUUUAAACGUCAGUUUUUUUUUGGGGAAGUAAUAUAAAAAUAUAAUUAACAAGAAAAUUUAUGAAAUAAUUAGCAUGUAAAACACUAGUCUUUUGGUUGUGACAAAACGUUUUCACAAAUGUUCUAUAAAUAAAUUCAAGCACAUUUUAUCUGCAAAAUAUAUACUUUCACUCAUAAAAUAAGAGCGUUUAAAACAUUCAUAUACGCACUACAUUGACAUGACAAAAGAAAUCCGCAAAUACAAACAUAUUUAGUUCGGAUAUAUCUAGGAAAUAAGACUAUAUUAUAUAUAUAAAGAAAUUAGAAAAAAAGAAAAUUGGUAUGUAUAAAAGAAAGGUCUAUGCGUCUCUAGUCCAAAAACUCUAUAUGUCUGGUUCAAAAGCAGAUGCAGCAGCCAUAGCCCCAAUAGUCAUGAUGGAGCCUCAUCAUCUCCUUAUGAACUGGAACAAACCUAUUGAUCUCAUUACACAAGAAAACUCUUUUAACCACAAUCCUCAUUUCAUGGUAGAUCCACCUUCCGAAACCCUAAGCCACUUCCAGCCCCCGCCGACAGUCUUCUCCGAUCCCGGAGGAGGAGAGGAAGCAGAAGACGAAGAAGGAGAGGAAGAGAUAGAUGAGAUGAAGGAGAUGCAAUACGCGAUUGCUGCCAUGCAGCCCGUAGACAUCGAUCCAGCCACCGUUCCUAAGCCGAACCGCCGUAACGUAAGGGUAAGCGAGGACCCCCAGACGGUGGUGGCUCGUCGGCGUAGAGAAAGGAUAAGCGAGAAGAUCCGGAUAUUGAAGAGGAUGGUGCCAGGCGGUGCAAAGAUGGACACUGCCUCCAUGCUUGACGAAGCCAUCCGCUACACCAAGUUCUUGAAACGGCAGGUGAGGCUUCUUCAGCCUCACACUCAGCUUGGGGCUCCUAUGUCUGACCCUUCUCGCCUUUGUUAUUACCACAACUCGGAUACCUAAUUAUAAUUCUAUCACGCGUUUCAUGUUGAUAUAUAUAGAUAAAUGGUUGAAUAAGGAUUUCGAUCGAAGAUUGUAUGGCUAUUGAUUACAUUAUAUAUUGUACAAUAAAUGAUGUGUGUAUUUCUAUUAAUGUAUAUAUGAUAUAUAUCUGUUUGCAGUAUGCA